UUGUGUACAUCUGGUAGCUUCAGUUAUGUGUAGUAUUGUAGAAAUGUAUUACAUAUAUAAUUUGUACAGAUAAAUAUAUAUUAGCGACUGCUUUCUGGAAGUGCUUCAUAACGAGACUGUCAGAAUGGUUUGGAUUAGCAGGGCGUGUUUUCGGAAGUAUGGGAACUUCGUGGAUAACCUGCGGCUGUAUGUGAGGGGAGGAAGCGGUGGUAUGGGCUUACCUCGCAUGGGAGGACAUGGUGGAAAUGGAGGAGAUGUGUUGGUGGUGGCUAAAAAAGACCUUACCCUGAAACGUGUCAAAGACAAGUUUCCCCAGAAACGCUUCAUUGCCGGUGUUGGGACCAACAGCAGUAUCCGUGCACUUAAAGGAUCAAAAGGGGAGGAUGUGGAAAUCUCUGUUCCAGUUGGAAUUUCAGUGACCACAGAUGAAGGAAGAAUGUUGGGAGAGUUAAAUCAUGAAGGAGAAAGGCUUUUAGUGGCAAGAGGUGGACUGGGUGGAUCCCUCCAGUCUGGGUUUUUACCCAGUAAAGGCAAAACCCGGCACGUCCGUUUAGACCUCCGUCUCAUUGCAGACCUGGGUUUAGUGGGGUUUCCUAAUGCAGGUAAAUCUUCUCUACUAACUGCCCUGUCUCACGCCACACCUCAGAUUGCCAGCUACCCUUUCACGACUCUGAGACCUGAGAUUGGCAAGCUGAUGUAUGAGGACCAUAAGCAGGUGUCUGUGGCAGAUUUGCCCGGCUUGAUAGAGGGUGCUCACAUGAACCGAGGCAUGGGUCACAAGUUCCUCAAACAUGUAGAAAGAACCAAGCAGCUCAUGUUUGUGGUUGAUGUCUGUGGGUUCCAGCUGGCCAGUAACACACCGUUCAGAUCUGCGUUUGAAGCUGUGCAGUUGCUCACUAAGGAACUGGAGUUGUAUAAGGAGGAGCUAUUGACUAAGCCAGCUCUUCUUGUGGUAAAUAAGAUGGACCUACCUGAAGCUGAUGAGAAGCUCAGAGAACUGGAGAACCAGCUAGACAACCAAGAGGAACUGAGUCAGCUCAUGCCUGAAGACAUGAAACCCACAAGAUUUGUUCAUUUCAAACACAUCGUUCCUGUAUCUGCCUUGACACACCUUGGACUGCCUCGCCUCAAAGACCUGAUUCGUGAGUCUCUGGAAGAGCAGGAUGCCGUAGAUUCAGAGAGGCAGCGAGUAGAGAGACUACAAGAGCUGAGAAGAGAGGUUCCUGUUGUUUCCAAGCCUGCCUGGGGUCAGCCUCAGUCAGCCUGGGAGCCCUCCUAAAACCCCUAAACUAGAACUGAACAUACUAGAUGGGACAGCUGCCUUUUUUCUAUUUUUGUAUGCAAAAACUCCUAUCUCAGUUUAUUAUAGUUGUGAUUUGAUUUGCUUGGUCAAAUAAUGUCAGUGCAAGUAAACUAAACAACUAGUACAAGAUUUUGUUGUUUUAAUCUAGUGUCUACAGAUUUGUCCACCUAAGAAUUAGGUUUAUGCCCAAAUUUAACAGUACAUCUGACCAUGACGUUGUUGAACAUCAUAUUUCAAAACCAUGAGUAUUAAUGGGGAGUUUCCCUAGAAAGGCUUUCCAUGUGAGUUAGUGUUGGAAUUUGUGCCCAUUUAGUUAAAAGAGCUUGUAAGAAAAGGCAGUGUUUUAGGCUCCAGGUUUGGACUCUAACUUUACCACUGGAGUUCUUCUACUUUUUCAAUUGACCCACACUUUUUCUCCCAACUUUUAGCGCGUCCAAUUGCCCGAUAGCCUCAUGCUUCCUCUCCACCAAUGCCGAUCCCUGCUCUGAUUGAGGAGAAUGACGCUAACCCACGUGGGCAGCAGCCGUAUGUGAGUGCAAUGCAUGUCAGCACUGUGUACCGAGAGACACCCCCUGACAGCACUCUUUUCCCAUCCCUGUGCAGGUGCCAUCAAUCAGCCAGCAGAGGUCAUAAUUGCAUUAGUUAUGAGAGAGUCCUUAUCCAGCUUUUUAAUAUCCCACCCCUAUCUGAACAACAGGCCAAUCGUUGUUCAUGUGGCUGCUCAGCCCAGCCGGCAGGCAGAGGUGAGACUUGAGACGAUGUAUUUGAGAUCCCAGCUCUGGUUCCAGCGUGUGUUUUUACCACUGCAAAAUUAAAUAUACUUAAUCAAUGAAAUUGGCGGCAAUCUGGUCCCACUGUGAUUUACAAGAUGUAACGUAAAGCCUCCACAAGGGGGCGUACAUGUACAAGUUCAUUUCGUGUUUUGUAUCUGUUGUAAUGUAUUUUAUUUAAUUAUUAUUUUUCUCUGCAACCCAUUUUUUUUGGUUCGUGGCUCAUUUAAGGGUCACUACCCAGGUCUACUACAUCAAACCAUGUCUCUAUUGACCAUGCUUUGUGCACCGGGGCUGCUGGAACAGGAUUGUGUUUUCACCGACUGUUACUUCAACUAUAAAAGCAACAUGUCACUAA